AUGGAGCGUCCUUCGAAAAAGGUCAAGCUCUCGUCAGAGACUGACAGUGCGCCUGUGUCUCUCGCCUCCCUGCACAGAGAAAUCAGUCCACCAGUGCGAUCCCAGCCAUCUCCGCGCCCCGCGCAGGAGGACGCAUCGGGACCCAAACCUCCCAAACAUCCCAAACAAACCCCGAGGGCAUUGAGAUCCCCGGUGCAGCUCACGCAUAUCAGAGAUUUGCCCGCGGCUAACAAUGUGGACACUGUGCGACUGUCUGACAUUCUCGGAGACCCAAUGAUCCGUGAAUGUUGGCAAUUCAACUAUCUGUUUGAUGUUGAUUUCUUACUCUCCAACUUCGAUGAAGAUGUCAGGAGUCUGGUACAGGUCAAAGUUGUUCAUGGUUCGUGGCAGAAAGAGGCCCCCAACCGCGUUCGCGUGGAGACGGAACCACCGAAACGUGGUUCCGGGGCACGCUUCAAACGCGAUCUGCUAGCAUAUCUCAAAGCAUAUGGGCCUACAAAGACCGGUGCACUUACCAAGCAGUUGAAGGACUAUGACUUCCAGGCUGUUCGUGCUGCCCUAGUUGCCAGUGUUCCGUCCAGACCCCAUGCCAGCGAUUCAAAUUCAGACGAGGGCACUCUAUGGGGUUGGCUUGCCCUGAAAGAUUUGAUGAAUCAUAUCCCUACUACGGACGAUGAUGCUCAACCGAAUAUAAAUGUACAGAUCUCAUCCGUCGCCACCCUUGGCCAAACAAACAAGUGGCUCAAGGAUGUCUUUUUCAAGGCUCUAGCUCCAGACUCUACACCAAGAAAAAGCCCCAAGUAUUCGAUAAUAUUCCCAACCCCAGACGAAAUCCGCCGCUCGCUGGAUGGCUACGGCUCAGGCGGAUCAAUUCACAUGAAGACCCAAAGUGCCGCACAACAAAAGCAAGUGCAAUACAUGCGUCCUCACCUCUGUCAAUGGGCUGGAGAUAGCCUAACUUCCGGCGCACACGUCGACCUGUCAGAAGAGUCAUCAACUCGUGAAGCAGGCCGACGCAGAGCAGCACCUCACAUAAAGACCUAUAUCAGAUUUUCAGACAAAGAUAUGAAGACCAUAGAAUGGGCCAUGGUAUCUUCCGCGAACCUCUCCACACAGGCCUGGGGUGCGGCUACAAAUGGCAAUGGAGAAGUCCGAAUAUGUAGCUGGGAGAUCGGGGUGGUUGUUUGGCCCGAACUUUUCAGCGAUGAUGCGGGUGUUUCUGAGGAACCUUCAGAUCUUGUCAUGGUUCCUUCUUUCAAGCGAGAUACUCCGGCUUCCGAGGCAAAUCAUUCGGUGGUUGGCUUCCGCAUGCCGUACGAUCUGCCUCCGAGACCGUAUGGUGCUUCUGAUGAACCGUGGUGUGCGACUGCUUCGUAUGAUAUUCCCGAUUGGAGGGGCCAGAAAUGGAUUUGA